AUGGAUUUAUGCCAAGACCUUUUCAAUGAACUCGAUGCCACUCUGAACAACCUCCAUAACUGUGCGCGAGGUGUUAUUGAGGCGGAAACCUUACCGGAGAAGAAAAAGCAGGAGAUGAUCGCACGCCCCUUCGUUCGAGAGGCUCGUAGUUUGUUAUCAGCUCUGAGGGCGGAGGCCCGGCGAAGUGACGACGAGCAAGCUCGCUCGAAUUGUGAAGCGAUGUGUCGAAUUCGUGAAGAAAGGGUGAGAAAUUGUGAGAAGGAAAUGCGAGAGCAGAUUUUUCCCACUCGGACUGCUUCGCGUCCCAAAACAUUCCAAGAACAGCGCGAGGAAGAGUUGUUGGGGGAAGGUGGACCAGAUGGUAGUGGUUUCACGAGCUCUAAAAGUGUGUUAAAGACAGCUUUGAACAUUCAGAAGGAUGCUUUAGAGUCCAUCCAACGUUCUGAGCAGCUUCAACAUCAGACGGAGGAAACCGGAAGAGGCGUUAUGCAUACAUUGCAAAAACAAACUUUACAAAUGUACCAAGUUGAUGAAGAGCUACGUGAUAUUAAUGGGCCGUUGAACCGUGCUUCGCGGGACUUGCGUUGGUUUUAUAGACAACUUUCAGUUGAUAAAUGCUUCCUAGUGCUUUUGGGAUUUUUAGUCUUUGUCAUGUUGGGAUUGGUGUUCGUUUCAAUUUAUAUGAAGCGUAAGAGAAACAAAAAUAAUUUGCAUCAGUAA